AUGGAAGAAGAAACAGAAGUUGCUUCAUUUAAAUUACUACCGAAUGAAAUUAUUUCAAUGAUUUUGCAAAAUUUGCCAUGUCGCGACAUUAUUAGUUUUGGUUCUACGUGCAAACGUUACCAUGAAUUAGUAAAUACAAAUCAAUAUAUAUGGAAGGAGAAAUUCAGGGAGAUAUUACCAAGUAAGAUAUCUGAGGUGGUAGAAAAGUAUGGGGAUGGUAAUUGGUUUGAUGAAAUGAAAAGAUUUUAUGUUGUUAAACAAGCAGUUUAUAAGGAGCUGAUGUCCAUGUCACCUAAAUUUUAUUGGAGGACGAGUGAAGUAACAUUGGAGGACAUUAGAAAUUUCUUUUUUUUGGCUGUAAGUCACAAUGUGAAUUAUCAUUAUGUUGUUUAUGUUCUGCAAGAUAUCGCACACAGAGGAAAUAAGUGUGCUGAGCAAAAUAUCUAUGAAAAUUUCAGAACCUUAGAUGAACACCGAUUCAUUCAACAGUCAACCACCAACGAGAGGCCGUUCACCUUGACAGAUGUUUAUUAUGCGAAAAUUGUUGUUCGCUAUCUGACACAAACUUUCCUUACUUUGAAAUGGACGCAAUGUCAUGCGAAACAGGAGUUGACUUCAGAAGUUGUUUUAAACUUUUUUGUUCAGUGGACCGAUCCUAUCUCUAUGCACCCAGAUGAGAAGGUUAAAGCAUGUAUUGAUAUACUGGUUGAAAAGGUGGAACGACUGUUUCCGAACGAUGCUUAUACUGCAUCAAAAGGUUGCUAUAAUAUACGAGACAAACUUGCUCAAGGAUUGUUAAGUGAGAAACUAGUACUGGAAGGCGUCCGUGAUGUGUUAUAUAGGCAACACCACUUGACAGUUAUGGCUGGGUCAAGCCUGCAUGGGCUUGACAUUGUCAAGGUGUUUUAUAACCGAUGUGGCAAUUUAAUCGUAGCGGCAGUCAUAUUUCAAGCUGUAGCUCGCGGCUGCGGUGUUCAUGUCGAACUGAUUGCGUUCCCCAAUCACUUGUUUUUGGAGUGGCGCAGCCCAAUGCAACGAACGCUAACUUACAAAAUUGAUCUCGAGUCUGGUGAGCUGAUCCCGCAGGGACGGUGUCCGUUUGCCCCCAGCACCUACAGACAGGAAUACAAAUAUAGUCCUGACGAAUUUCUUCAGUACAUUGUUACUGCCUUUUUGAUGACCAUGGGAGCUAUAAAAAACUGGUAUACUCAAAAUGCUAUAUUCCUGCUAGACUUUUUAAGCAAUAAUAUUAACGAUGAUAACCCGUACCGUGACUUUCUGCCCUCUCUACAUGCCAUGAUGGAUUUUGAGUCGGAACCAGACUUGAGUAAGCCCCUUGAACUUGAAUAUAUCCACGAUGAAUUAUUGAAUAUCCUGGAUACAUUGUCAAAUAUAAAUAAACCUCCCACACAUUUUGACAGAGAAAUAGAAGUUAAACACUACCACUCCAGCGUAACAUUUGCUGUGGGUAUGCUGGCUUAUCAUAAGAAAUACGAUUACCUCUGCGUCGUUCGUGGUUGGGAUUUAAAUUGUACAACAGAUUGGCGACGACAUGUCGAAGCCAAGGACUUGGAGUUUGGCAUCCGUCAACCAUUUUAUAGCGUGAUUGCUGUCGACCAAUCGGAACGUUAUGUCGCACAAGAAAACCUCAUACACGUAGACCGUCCAACUCGCUUAUACCACUUAGAGGAUGUAAUCGCCAAAGAAUUUAGCCAUUUUGAUGGUUACUGCUAUGUGCCAAACGCCGAAAAACAUAGCGAAUAUCCAGAAGACGAGGCAAUCAGGCAGAUGUACCGUAGCCGCGCUGAACAGAGGGCUGAGGAGCUUCGAGAAGCAUUAAAGCUGGGUUCGGCCGGCUGA